AUGUCGACCAACCGGCCCUUCCUGGCCAACUUCCUGGCCGCAUUCCGCGCCCAGUCGACCUACAAAGCCUCCUCCUCAUCGACGGGGACGUCUUCUCUAUCCUCAGCCCAAAUCUCCCAAUCUGCCCGCGCCAUCGCUUCCAAAGCCGCUGGCUCCGGCUCCUCCCAAACCCACACAUCACAAACAGCCCAGUCCUCAGCACCGGCUCCCACGCACCCCUCUUCAACAUCGACACACCACUCCCACCACUACCACUCCGAAACAUCACCCACCGCCGCUUCCCCGCCUCCAACUCCCUCCUCGUCAAACCCUAUCCCGAUCACCCGAGGCCCGGACCGCCAGCGCCGCGGGAGUGACUCGUCCUCGGGCUCGGGCGGGUUCCGGGAUGCGUUAGGGCCCGAGAAAUGGUACAUAGGGGGCCGCACGCCGGCUGGCGAGGAACGGUUUUACCGUCUUGGGAUGGUGACCAAAGGAGGUGGGAGACUGGGAGGCAGUGGACGGGUUGGGAGUAUUGAUCAGUUGAGUCUUUGA